CGACUUGUCAAAUCAAAUUAUCAACUACAACUUACAAGUUCCGAGUACACAUACAUUUACUUGCAGAUUUAUUAUUUUCAAAUAGUUUAUUGUUAAAGUUUUUAUUAAAAUGGCAGAAUCUGUCACUGAAAUCCCGAUAAAUAUAGAAGAGACCGUUAAAGAAGUAAUACAGAAUGCUACCGAAAAACCUCCAAAUAGUAUUGAAGGUGUUGCGAUUGCAUAUCUUAGUUUGGUGAUAAUGGCUAUUUUGCCGAUAUUCUUUGGAUCUUUUCGUUCUGUAAAAUACCUUAAAGAACAAAAGGAGUCAGGCGAGCGAGCUGAAACAAUGUCCAACAAGGAUGCUCUUAUGUUCCCCAUCAUUGCUUCGUGUGCCCUCUUUGGUCUCUACAUAUUCUUCCAGUUCUUCUCUAAGGAGUACAUCAACCUGCUUCUCACUGGCUACUUCUUCUUCCUAGGAGUAUUGGCGCUUAGUCAUUUAUUAAGCCCUAUAAUCGCGCUGGUAGUCCCCGCGUCAGUACCCAACGUACCCUACCACAUCCUGUUCACGCGCGGCGACCAGGACGCGCGCUCCGACAUCGUCAACUACAAGUUCACCUCGUACGACGUCAUCUGCCUCGUCAUAUCCCUCAUCCUGGGCGCCUGGUAUCUCUUCAAGAAGCACUGGAUCGCGAACAACCUGUUCGGCAUCGCGUUCGCCAUCAAUGGCGUCGAACUUUUGCACCUGAAUAAUGUGGUAACGGGCUGCAUUCUGCUGUGUGGGCUGUUCCUUUAUGACAUCUUCUGGGUGUUCGGCACCAACGUCAUGGUCACCGUCGCCAAAUCCUUCGAGGCCCCCAUCAAACUGGUGUUCCCUCAAGACCUGCUCGUGAACGGUCUGAACGCCAGCAACUUCGCCAUGCUGGGUCUGGGUGACAUCGUGGUGCCGGGCAUCUUUAUCGCGCUGCUGCUCCGCUUCGACAAAAGCCUGGCGCGCGGCUCCGAACUGUACUUCCGUGCCACCUUCUCCGCGUACGUCCUGGGCCUGCUGGCCACCAUCCUCGUGAUGCACAUGUUCAAGCACGCGCAGCCGGCGCUGCUGUACCUGGUGCCCGCGUGUCUGGGCACGCCGCUGGCGAUCGCUCUGCUCAAAGGAGAUAUCAAUGCCUUGUUCAAUUAUGAAGACCAACCAGCGCUUGUGGAAACGCCAGAGACAAGUAAAACAAAAAAAUCUGAAUAGAAGACAUUUUAAUGGUAACAAAUAAAUGACAAGCACAAAGUUAAGCACAGCAUUAUGUAGUGAUAAAAAAGGGGGGGGGGGGGGGGGCAUACAACUGGUGAUUUAAACUCUAAUAUUUACAUCAUUUGAAUUCUAACUUUAAACACUCUAUUCUCACAUAUUAUAUUAUGUAACCAAAUUGUCGGAUUUAAAAUAAUUGUAUGAAACAAUGUCAAUAUCCAUUUUACUAUAGUGUAAAAUACAUCAUUUAUAAUUUUUGUCCUGUAAAUAGGACAAUUAUAUGGUCUCAAAGUAUUAUUGGUGUAUAAAUAUUCACAGACAAAAACUGUUGAAGGGAAAAAGUUGUGAAAUUGACUCAAAUUUUUGUAUUGUCUUUGAUAUCUAGUUGUGGGUAGGUGUAUAAAACUAUAAAAGCAUUUUUGGUAGUCAAUGGUGAAAGUUAUGUUAGUGUUACUGUAUAAAAAUAAUUGUGUCUUAUCCCCAUUUUUUUCCCCACUCCUAUCUAGAAGUUGUUGCUUGCACAUUCUGUGCAUCCAACUUUGUUUUCUUGAGUAGUAAUACUUCAAUAGAUAAGCUUUCUUUCAUGCCUGAUGUACUGUUUUUAUUUUUUCUUAGUGGUACACGGAAAUUCGAAUUAGACAUAAAAGUAUGUAAACGGGUACAAUCUUUUAUCUCUUACCCAAAUCUUAUGUGGGCGUUGAUCUUUCUUCCAUUGCUAUUUAAUAUAUAAGAAGAAUCUUAUUUCUAUAUGGCAACACAUGUUAGUGCUGUCAAAUUAAUAUUUUUUAUUACGAAUAUUUUUAUAUUGAACGAAAUCGAUGUAAAUAUCUAAGUUAGGAGACAGCAAUUUUUUGUUUGCUUUUGUCGAAAGUUUGCAUUAUAUACUUAAAUAUUAUAAUAUAAUAUAUUAAAUCUUGUUAUGUAUUUUAUUUUGUAAUAAUCAUUUUAGCUAUUAACUUAGACAUGACUUAUAAAAAUUAUUUUUUGAUGUUUAUGAUGUGAAAUAUUAUUUGUUUUCUAUUCAAAUGGAUAAGUUAAAAUCCUUGAAGAUUAAUGAUAAUUUCCUUUUUUCUUAUUACAUAUAAAGAAAAUUUUAAUAUGUUGCAUUUAAUUGAAUUCACAUUGAAAUGUUUGAGAUCACUCUAAAUUACUCAAGUUAUUCCGAGAUAUCCACAAAUAUUAUAUUCAAAUGAUCUUAAGCUUUAUAAUAAAUUAUUAUUCACCACUUUGAGUGUUAUAGGCAUAAUACAAACUAAUAUAUAAUAAUUAAAAUAAAAUUCUUAGUUGCAUAUGCCCAAGGGGGAAAUCUUAGACAUAAUAUUAUUAUUUAUAAUAUGGGCGGGGAAUCAACUAAUGUCAUGAUGCUGCCGGGUGUGUUUCAUCAGAGUGCAAAAAGAACAACAGAUCAUGUUAAUAAUAAAGUGUUCAGUGGCUUCCAUAUUCUUUUUCUGAUCCUGUUAACAUUGAUUAAGUAACAUUUGAACUAAAGUUGGUAAUAGAUUUAUGUCAAUAAGGUUUUGUUUGCAAGCUUUAUUUGAAGUUUGUGUUGUGUUCGUAUAAACCAUUGUAUCUGUUAUAUGUGUGAACUUGUAAAAAUAAUUAUGUAUUGCAACAAUCUCCAUGUCGAUUGGACUAAGAAAUAAAUAUUGGAUAUUAAAUUA